AUGUUCAGGUUUCUUUACUCAUUCUCCGCACCUCAUCUGGAUGUUUCAGGUUUCUUUUUCAUUCUAAUUUUGACUCCGCCAUCUAUAUUUGUCUCUUUUGCAGCGACUUCAGCGAUUUCCUCAACCAGUCCUUGGAAUUCCUAUGUUAGAUCCACCAAUUCAUCUCCUUCCUCAUCAGGUAAUGAAAAAACUUUAGUUAUUUGUGAGGAGUUCAUCAUGGUUUUCUGGGUGUUUAGCUAUGGUUCAUUGGUAUGGAACCCCGGGUUUGAUUAUGAUGAUAAAUUGAUAGGGUACAUCAAGAAUUACAGGCGUGUGUUAUCCUGGAAGCAGACAGCAGUAAUCAAGAAAAAAUACGGUGGAUUACUACCAAGAAAAACCCCUUUGAUCUCAAAGAGCACAAUUCGACAGUUAGGGUUUGAGACGAUUGAAUCAUUCAUUUGGAAUCGGGAAGACUGCAGCAUUGCAUUGCAUUCCGUGACACACGAAUUCAGAAUCAUGAACGGUCACAUUUAUGUUGAUGCAUUUUCAUUGCUACUGAACUUCCAUUUGUGAUAUUGUUGGAAAAAUCAUCAAAGGCAAGCGAAAAUAUUCCCGUUACUUUGGUUUAAUGCCGUUAACUUCGUUCACUUUAUAUCUCCAAGAUGGCCCUGUUCAAUGGGGACUGUAGAUAAGGGAAACGAAAACUGUGAUGAUUCCCAAAACCCGAUAGAUAUAGAAAAAGAAAAUCGAAAAAGAUACAAUAGAAACUAUUAUGCACGAAAAAAGGAGAAAAACAAAAAGAGAAGAAUAGCUAACAGUGAAGGAUGUAGUCAACCUACAACACUCACAAGUUGCACUAUAAUGGAGACAAACGAAAGAAAUAUCAACGAAGAUUCCUCUGUGAGUGUUAUAAGUGCUGCUCAGAGGACGAGUACUUAUAAUAAAGAAUAUUAUCAACGAAGAAAGGAACGAACUAUGAUGACAAAAAGAAGAGUAUACGCCUUUCAGGACGAUCCGUAUGAUUUUGUUUAUGAAAAUAUCCGUAUGGAACAUCGUAUAUUAAAGGCUCAAAACCCUUGUGUUUAUUGUGGAGCAAAGCGACUACAAUAUGAAUUCCCUACCUUUUGUUGCAUGAGUGGGAAGACAAAACUGGCACACUCCCCUAUUCCCACAGAGUUGCACCAACUCUUCACAAGGCAAGAGCAGCUAGAAGAAAGCUUCAGGGAUGGUAAAUCGAGGUAUUUACAGUUGUAUUUUUAUGACGGUGAAGCUGAAAUAUCACAAAGAUCCUCCUGGAAGAAUGUUGAUAGAAGAAUCAUCCAAAAACUAACACGUAUUCUAGCUUCGAAUCCGUACGUUAGAACAUUUAAACAACUUUCUGAUCUAGGACCGCUUGAUAAUUAUAGAGUGACUUUGAAUGCAUCGGUGGAGCUUGACCAAAGGGUGUACAAUAAGCCUACCACAUCUGAGGUGUGA